AUGCUUCUUCACGCCUCUCAAAGGACCCCAGAUUGUAGGAAGGAGAGAACACGGAAACCUCCUUCUUCCAGAUGUCCACCGCAUGGUGGGUCCACUGCUGGCGUCGUUGCCGCCGCAGCCGCCCUGCCUGCCGCCAUACUGCCAGCACUUGCCCGUCAGGACAGCUCCAACACCGCCUGUCCUGCCUUGGCCCUGGCCAACUCCAAACCCUUGACGUCACAGCGCCCUUUUACAACGCUUAUUUUAAUAAAAAUAUCUGAAGAGCUCGAUGACGCGGGUGUUUUGACCCCACCACCUUGCGAGAACGAGAUUCGUCGCAGGGGUGAGAAGCGGCCAAUACCCGCCGAGCUCAAAGACGAGAAAUACUUCGAACGGCGCCGGCGCAACAACCAGGCCGCCAAGAAGUCAAGAGAUGCCCGGAGGAUCAGAGAGGAUCAGAUAGCGUGGCGUGCCUGCCUACUAGAGCAAGAGAACGCAUCUCUCCGAGCACAUAUAGCUGCCUUGCGUCAGGAAGCACUUACACUACGCGGCCUACUGGCAGCUAGAGAUGACGUCACACACGCCCCGUCAUCCACCACGGCCGACUAGAUUUGAUAAAUACAUUCUUCUCUCUGCUGUUACCGAUUAGAAGACUAGUUUUCCAUCAGUCAUAACCUGACAAUCAGCAUACUGACAGCAAGCGAAGUCAUAUUCUACUGUACGCCUUAGGAACAUCCAUAUAUCAGCUGCGAGUAAAUGCACCUGCUUGCUAGUGAAUCUCUCCGAGCACAUAGUGCUGUCUUAUGACAGGAGGCGCUCAUACUACGCGAGUUGCUCACAGCUAAAGAGUACGUCACACAUGCGCGUCAUCCACCACGGUCGACUAGAGUCGGAUAGAGACAUGCAUAUAUCCUCC